AAAGAGGGAGAAAAAAAAGAUAUCCUGCUGACCGCUGCGUGUUCAUACAGCUCGGACCCAGGUCCAAGCAGCGGGAUCGGGAAGGAAAUCUCCACUUCCAGUUCAUCUAAAUUGAAGAAUUCUGGUGAUUGCAGUACUGUUUCGAACAGAUCUAUUGGAACCUCAUAGCUUCCGCACUCCAUGGAAGAGGAAAAUAUUCUGGAUCUUCUCCAACGAUAUCGCCGCGAUCGACAUGUACUUCUUAAUUUUAUCCUUUCUGGUAGCUUGAUCAAGAAAGUUGUAAUGCCACCAGGUGCAGUUUCCUUGGAUGAUGUUGACAUAGAUCAAGUCAGCAUUGACUAUGUUCUUAACUGUGCUAAGAAAGGUGAAACACUUGAUUUGUCGGAAGCCAUUAGACUUUAUCACGACAGCCUUGAUUAUCCUUCAAUGAGCAAUACAGGGUCUAUAGAAGAGUUCUUUUUGGCUACAAAACCUGAAUCUUCAGGGCCAUCACCAACACGGAUGCCACCACCAGUACCUGUCACCACACCAUUACCCAUUUUGACAAGUUUGUCAAAGUCACAGUCAUUUCAAUCUUCACAUGAGCAGGAAUUAACUGUAGAUGAUAUUGAAGAUUUUGAAGAUGAUGAAGAAGAGGUUGAUAACUUCAUAAUUGCCAGAAGGCAACCAAACAAUGCUAGCAGCUUUUUAUUGCGAUUGCCAUCAUUUUCUACAGGUAUCACAGAUGAUGAUCUUCGGGAAACUGCUUAUGAGAUCCUUGUUGCUUGUGCUGGAGCUGCAGGUGGUCUCAUAGUACCAUCGAAAGAAAAGAAGAAAGAGAAGAAGUCCAAAUUAAUGAGGAAGCUUGCUCGUAGUAAGAGCGAAAAUGUCACACCCCAAACUCAGCAUGUUCCUGGAUUGGUUGGUUUGCUGGAGACAUUGCGAGCCCAGCUGGAGAUCUCAGAAUCAUUGGAUAUUAGAACAAGGAAAGGAUUGCUUAAUGCUCUUGCCGGAAAAGUGGGGAAACGAAUGGACAAUCUUUUAGUUCCACUUGAAUUGUUGUGUUGUGUUUCAAGAACAGAGUUUUCUGAUAAAAAAGCAUAUCUUCGGUGGCAAAAGAGGCAGCUAAAUAUGCUGGAAGAAGGCCUUAUAAAUCAUCCUGUAGUUGGAUUUGGGGAAUUAGGGCGCAAAACCAUUGAGCUAAGAAACCUUCUGCGAAAGAUAGAAGAGUCUGAGUCUCUUCCGCCAUCAGCUGGUGAAAUCCAACGUACGGAAUGCUUAAGAGCUUUGAGAGAAAUUGCUAGUUCACUUGCUGAAAGGCCAGCACGGGGUGAUCUAACAGGAGAAGUAUGCCAUUGGGCUGAUGGUUAUCCCCUCAAUGUCAGGCUGUAUGAGAAAAUGCUAUGCAGUGUUUUUGACAUCUUGGAUGAGGGGAAGCUUACAGAGGAGGUGGAAGAAAUUCUUGAAUUCCUCAAGUCAACUUGGCGAAUUCUGGGGAUUACAGAAACCAUUCAUGACACAUGCUAUGCUUGGGUGCUAUUUCGGCAGUUUGUUAUUACAGGCGAGCAGGAAAUCCUGCAAUUUGUAAUUGAGCAGUUGAGAAAAAUUCCGUUGAAGGAACAGCGGGGUCCACAGGAAAGAUUACACUUGAAAAGUCUUUCUUGCUCAGUUGAAGGUGAAGAUUUCACAUUUUUUAGGUCAUUCUUAUCACCAAUUCAGAAAUGGGUUGAUAAGAAGCUGGAAGACUACCAUUUGCACUUCUCAGAGGAACCAGCCGUGAUGGCAGAGAUGGUGACUGUGGCAAUGAUCAUUCGAAGGAUAUUACUUGAAGAAAGUGAACAGGUGGUGGAUGUGGCUGAUCGAGACCAGAUUGAUGCGUAUAUUUCAUCUUCUGUUAAAAGUGGCUUUGCAAGGAUUAUGCAAGCUAUUGAAGCUAAGGCAGAUAAAGCUCAUGAGCAUGUUUUAGCAUCCCUUGCUGAAGAGACCAAAAAACUUCUGAAGAAAGAUUCAAACAUCUUCUUGCCAAUUUUAUCAAAGUGGCAUCAACGAGCUGCAGUUGUUUCUGCUUCCCUUCUUCAUAAAUUAUAUGGAAACAAGUUGAGACCAUUUGUUGAUCAUGCUGAACAUCUUACAGAAGAUGUCGUGUCUGUAUUCCCAGCAGCUGAAAGUCUUGAACAGUACAUAAUUUCUGUAAUUGGAUCUGCAUUGGGAGAUGAUGAUGUGGAGGAGUACUGUAGAAAAAGAUUAACUUUAUACCAGGUCGAAGAUAUAUCUGGAACAUUGGUUUUGCGCUGGGUGAACUCGCAACUAGAAAGAAUUAUAGGGUGGGUUAAACGGGCCAUUCAACAAGAGGUUUGGGAUCCUAUAUCACCUCAACAACGACAUGGAAGCUCCAUUGUUGAAGUUUAUAGAAUUAUCGAAGAGACAGUUGAUCAAUUUUUUGCUCUCAAAGUGCCAAUGAGGGUUGGAGAACUAAAUAGCCUUUGCCGUGGUCUUGACAAUGCAUUUCAAGUUUAUACACGUCAUGUCCUUGAAAAGUUAGUUAAUAUAGAAGAUUUGGUACCACCUGUGCCUGUUCUCACUAGAUAUAAGAAGGAAACUGGGAUUACAGCUUUUGUGAAGAAGGAAGUAACAAAUGUUAGAUUGACUGAUGAGAGGAAAUCGAAUGAAAUUAAUGCACUGUCCACAAUAAAACUGUGUGUGCGCCUGAAUACUCUAUAUUAUGCAAUUACUCAGUUAAAUAAAUUGGAAGACAGCAUUGAAGAGCGAUGGAUGAGGAAAGAGCAUGAGAAUUUUAACAUCAGACGAUCAAUGAAUGGGAAAUCAAGAAGCUUUGUCUCGAACAAAAAUAAUGCAUUCAAUGGUUGUAGGAAAGACAUUAAUGCAGCUAUUGAUAGAAUAUGUGAGCUCGCAGGAACAAAGAUCAUAUUUUGGGAUCUGAGAGAGCCAUUUAUAGAGAACCUAUACAAACACACUGUAUCCCAGUCUAGACUGGACGCUCUUAUUGAUGCACUUGAUGUGGUGCUAAAUGAACUAUGUGAUAUCAUUGUUGAGCCACUCAGGGAUCGCAUUGUCACAGGGCUCCUUCAAGCAUCCUUGGAUGGCUUGCUUCGGGUGAUACUAGAUGGGGGUCCUUCACGUGUUUUCCUUCCCAAUGAUGCUAAGCUACUAGAAGAUGAUCUUGAAGUCUUGAAGGAAUUUUUUGUAUCUGGUGGAGAUGGAUUGCCUCGAGGAACUGUUGAAAAUUUAGUGGCUCGCAUUCGUCCCAUAAUAAAUUUGCUUGGCUAUGAGACUCGCGUAUUAAUUGAUGACUUGAAAGAUGUAAGUCAAGGAGGCAAAAGCAAAUUUGGGACUGAUUCCAAAACUCUUCUAAGGAUUUUAUGUCAUAGAAGAGAUUCUGAGGCUUCUCAGUUCCUUAAAAAACAAUUUAGAAUACCAAAGUCAGCUGCUUGAAGAAGUAUCAGAAUGUGAAGAACGCAGAAAAUAAGAUUUUUGAAAAGAAAUGUUAUGCAGAUAUGAGGUACAUCUAACUUGAAUUUUAAAUAGUUAUUGUUAUGUAAAAUUGAAUUGAUUUAUUUUUAUUUGUUCUUGUUGGCCUUAUUUAUUGGACAAUGCUGUUGAUAAUAAGCAUAAGUCUAGCUUCCUGAAA